AUGCCGAAGCUGGUGGAAAAGUCGGGAAGCCGACCACCGUGGGUGGGAUUAGCGGCCGCCGCGUGGGUUCAGAUGUCGGCGGGAAACGGUUCGACGUUCCCGCUUUACUCCGCCGCUCUCAAAUCGGUUUUGGGUUUUAACCAGCAACAGAUCACGAUCCUCGGCGUCGCUUGUGAUUUGGGAGAAAACAUGGGGCUACUCCCAGGAUAUGCCAGUAACAAGCUUCCUCCAUGGGCGAUGCUUCUCCUCGGACUUUCCUCUUGUUUCCUCGGUUACGGCGUCCUCUGGCUCUCCGUCAGCGAAAUCGUUCUUGGUUUGCCUUUCUGGCUGCUUUUCAUCGCUCUAGUUGUGGCCACCAAUAGCAGCUCAUGGUUCGGCACAGCAUCUCUAGUGACCAACAUGAGGAACUUUCCUAUGAGCCGAGGCCCUGUGGCGGGACUCCUCAAAGGCUACAUUGGGAUCAGUGGUGCAGCAUUCACUGUGUUGUUCAGCGUCUUGCUUCACCACUCAGCUUCGAAUCUGCUCCUGCUUCUCACGGUUGGCAUUCCGGUUUUAUGCUUAGCGGUCAUGUACUUCGUCCGCCCCUGUACUCCGGCGACCGGUGAAGACCCUUCUGAGCCGCUCUAUUUCGCUUUUCUGCUCGGCACUAGUAUCAUUCUCGCUGCUUAUCUUGUUGUGACGACUGUGGUCAGUGAGGUGUUUUCACUGCCAACCAUCCUCAGAUAUGUUCUUGUGGCUAUCAUGGUGUUGUUUUUGUUCUCGCCUCUUGCGAUCCCCAUCAAGAUGACACUUUUCCGUUCAGAUGCCACGAGAUCUCUACCUGGUUCUUCGGACAAUCUAGCCAAAGAGGAAGGGGAAGAACCACUGCUCACAACUUCUACCUCAGCUUCAAACCUCGGGCCUCUCUUCGAAGGAGAAGGAGAUGAUGCCUCGGAUAUGGAAAUACUUCUCGCUGAGGGAGAAGGUGCGAUUAAGAAGAAGAGAAAACCCAGGAGAGGUGAGGAUUUCAAGGUUCGCCAAGUGUUUGUCAAGGCAGAUUUCUGGCUGCUUUGGUUUGUGUAUUUCCUCGGCAUGGGUUCAGGCGUUACGGUCUCAAACAACUUGGCACAGAUUGGAUUUGCUUUUGGUAUUAAGGACACAACCAUACUCCUUUGCCUCUUCAGCUUCUUCAACUUCGUAGGUCGUCUCGCUUCAGGUGCCAUUUCCGAGCACUUCGUGAAGUCAAGAACGCUUCCAAGAACACUAUGGAUGGGAGCCGCGCAGCUCGUCAUGGUAUUCACAUUCCUCCUCUUCGCCAUGGCCAUCGACCACAGCAUUUACGUGGCGACUGCUCUGAUCGGGAUAGGCAUGGGGUUUCAGUUCUUAUCGAUCGCAACCAUCUCGGAGCUCUUUGGACUGAGGAAUUUUGGAAUAAACUACAACUUCAUACUCCUGGGAAACCCAAUCGGGGCCACCAUAUUCUCGGCCUUUCUUGCCGGAUACAUCUACGACAUGGAAGCUGAUAAGCAAGGGAAUGCGACAUGCAUAGGUCCGGAUUGCUUCAGGGUAACGUUCUUGGUCCUGGCCGGUGUGUGUGGCCUUGGAACUCUGCUGAGUGUUAUAUUGACGGUGAGAAUCCGCCCGGUUUAUCAAGCUCUCUAUGCGUCCGGCUCUUUCCGGUUGCAGCCGCAAUCAGCUGGUCACUGA